ACUGGAAGGAGAGUAGGGGGGAGGUUUGGGAGAGCGUCGCUGAUCAUUGCCCUUGCGUCCUACUAUCAUCGUCGGUGACCACCACAAUCAUCGCCACAACUGGGCUGACCUCCCUGACGAGGCUGACCCGACGCUCGCUCGCCUCGGAUUGCCAUCGUGCUUUGACACAACCUCUGAAAGGGAUUACUACAAAUCUCUCACGUCUUGCUCUGCACAUCGUCGUGUAGUCUCGCAUCGUUCCAGCUGCCACUUGCGUGCCUCCAAGCUCCCCCCCCACCAGUCGCAUUGGCAAGCGCUUCCUCCGCAUUGUGGGUUUGAAUCACCCCAUCUGCAGCUAGAGCUUCGAGCGUGUGUGCCUGCGUACGUGUGUGUUAGUAUCCCAAACGCGACGUCUGACUGGUUUCUUGGUCUCGGCAAUCCGUUUCGUAUGAUUUCAUGAGUUGGGUGCAAGGCUCGUGUUGAAGAAGGAUCGGGGAGGGGACGUUACAGUGGCCUGCAAACGAGUUGGGUGCUGAAGGGUCGUCAUUGGCGGUGGAAGAGGUGUUUUCUUUUUACAAUUCUAGGGGCCAAAGUGGCACAGAAACUGUAUAUCCCGGACGUGGAGUGGGAAGCAGCUCUGUUGUGAGAUUAUUUACAGAUCUCCGAAUUUCCAGAAAAUUAGACACGCUCAAAUGUCGCGCCUCGAAGUCAUUCUGCUGGUGUGCGGAGUGUUUCUGCUCCAGUGGCAAGCAUCAACGGCAUGGGAUCUGGAGCCACCGGCUGGAUUCAGCAAGUCACUUACUGUGACAAUCAGCCAAGGCAAGCAGAUGUAUACUUGCGACUCGGGUGUUUGGGUAAGGUCAGGAUCAUCGGCAAACCUGGUAAAUAGCAAUCCUCAAAACGGCGCACCUGCAAAGGCCGGUAAAUUCAGGUCUAAACAGGACCCAACCUCCAAACGCUCCAUCAUGAAGUGGACCCUCGUCAAUUCUCCAGGCGACGCGACGGAAGCAGGAGACAACACAAGCAGCAUUACAGGGGUGGAAAAAUACACGGAGAAAUCCUAUGGUGACUCAAUUCCUGCAGUACUAUUCGAGGUCACGUCUCGCAAAGGUUCUGGUACGGCCGCCUUGUUCACGUACGUAGUGAUGAAUCAAACCAUGGGGGGACAAGCUCCCGAUUCUUCCUUGUGCACUCAAGACGACAUUUCUGUUGAUGUGCCCUUUUAUGGGUACUUCGAAUUCUACAGCCAAGACUUUCAGCCUCCAUCUUACGUCCCUGCCGAACUGAAGCCGCCUGCUCGGGUGGUGCAAGGGUUCUUCGUGAAAGGAAAGAUAGUUUACAGAUUCGACGGCGCGAAAUGGCACUCAUAUGGGAUCAUUGCCACUAUUUCCAAUGUCGCCGGGGGAGACGUGAUUGGGAAGUUCGGGACUAUCAGGAAACCUGACCAAUACGGCGGUAAUUUGCGCUGGGUCUUCAACGAUCCCAACGGCUUCACACUUACUGGCACGGUUUCUGCAAGUGCAAUGGUGUCGGAAAACGGUGCUCCUUGGCAACUGUAUGAAAUCACCUCCAGUUCAGGCACAAUGCCCCCAGUUGGACCUUUCAAGUAUGUCCAAUUGACUUCAACAAGAGGAGGACUCGAACCUCAAAUCGAUGGCGGAGCAACAGAGGGUCUGCUUUGGAGGACCAACUUUACAGGGCUUUUCUGGUUGUACACACCUAACUAGUGCAUCAUAAAAGAGAUUGGAUUUUACUGAAUAAAUUGCUACUGAACAGAGGUCAGCUGGAUACAUAAGUGUAUAAUGCGGAGCCAUGCCAGUCCUCAGCGCAAAAUUAUUUUCUUCUUAUAUUUGCUGCAUUCUCUGUACUAGCAAGGGUGUGUGGGACUUGUUAUACCACAAUUUCCAAGAGUGUAAAUGAAGACGCAAGCUGCAAUAAUACUUUUACCUCAGUUGAUUAAUAUUCAGAAUUUUCAGAAUAAAUAAUUUCUUCCUA